UUUACAACCACCUAACAGCAACAUUUCUGCAAGUUCUCCAAUUGAUCGCAAAACAUCUAGGUAUGUCCGCUAUAUUCCAGCGGGCACAUCCGGUAUAUUCCGUGAGAAAUGCUUCUAGGUUCUUAUUCCGACAAUUGAAACCCUCCCGUUCACUGUGUCCGCGACAAUGUCGACGAAACGCCUCAGCCACCAAAUGCGCUUCCACUUCGAAUGACCGCAUCAUUUUCUCAGGCAUCCAACCGACCGGGGUCCCUCACUUGGGCAAUUACUUAGGAGCGCUGCGGCAGUGGGUUCUGCUGCAAAACGAAGCUGUGCCUUCUACGAAGUUGAUAUUCUCCAUCGUGGAUCUCCAUGCCCUCACCGUUCCACAGGACCCUACAAUACUUCGACAAUGGCGGAAACAGCUGCUGGCUACAUUGAUAGCUGUCGGGAUUAACCCGAAACGGUCCACUAUCUUUUUCCAGUCUGCGGUGCCAGCGCAUUCGGAAUUGAUGUGGAUCUUAAGCACGAUAUCUUCGAUAGGAUACCUAUCAAGGAUGACACAGUGGAAAAGUAAACUACAAUUGCCAGAGGAAUCUACAUUGGAUAAUUCAGACGCCAAGUCGCGGCUUAAACUUGGGCUUUUUUCCUACCCAGUGCUUCAAGCGGCGGAUGUGCUCGUACACAGAGCAACCGAUGUGCCCGUAGGGGAAGAUCAAAAGCAGCACCUUGAGUUUACGCGGGAAAUUGCCAACGGCUUCAACCACAUAUAUGGUCCGGUGCUCGUCAUGCCAUCUCCAUUGAUAUCGCCGGCGAAACGCGUUAUGUCACUCAAACAGCCAACAUUGAAAAUGUCUAAAUCGCACAUCGACCCCCGAUCUCGAAUUCUUCUCACAGACUCGGCGGAGGAAAUUCAUCAAAAGAUAAAACUUGCCCUCACGGACUCUGAACCGGGAAUUAGCUAUGACCGUUCCAAGCGACCCGGUGUUUCUAACCUUAUCGAGAUUCUCAGCCAUGUUCAGGGAGGAGCAGGUGGAAGCAUGGCCUUUGCAGAAUUGGGGCGGGAACACCAACAUUUGAGCAUGCGUGCCUUCAAGGAGCAUGUAGCUAACUCGCUCACGGAGCAUUUGAAAGGAAUUCGGGAAAAGUAUUUGGAACUUACAAGUAACACCUCCAGCUAUAUUGACACUAUUGCAGAAGAUGGUGCCAAGUUUGCCAGGAGAAAUGCCGAUAUCACGUUGAAAAGUGUCAAAGAUACUUUGGGGCUUUCGUGAUCGAAAGAUUUCUGUAUAAUAUGUAUA